AUGGAGAAUGCUAGAGUAGUGAGGAUGUUGGAUGCUGCAAGUUUUAAGCGAGGACCGUGCCUUGAACCAGGAGCCUGGGGCUUUGUCUCUAAACUAGCGAUUCUUUGCAGAUUUCGCCCAGGCACGGACUUAGCCCCAUGGUGGAAUGCUCUGGAAGACGGCAACGGGAGUCUGACAGCUGGGUGUCAUCUUGUAUGGGGCCGAGAUGCAAGUGUGAUAUGGUUCAUUACCCUUUCGACAUUUAUAUAUCGAUUACAUCAUAUUGACCGGUUUAUCUCCCUAGCUCUGAGCUUGAGUACUACUUCUCCGUACAAAAGGGCAGAGGCAAAAAAGAAAAGAGAGGGACACGGAGAAGGGAAAAAGCAAAAAUUUCUAACACUUGCCAACGGGGCUGGCCUUGUCAGGGACAAAAAAGCCCAACACUCAGCGGCGUAG